UCACCCGUGUCUAGAUGAUCUUACUUACCUGGAUCAUAGCAUUGCGUUGACGGUUUUGAGUUCUUUCCCUUCCUUGGUUUCAACUUUGGCCCAGCCCUUCGUUCGCAGCUUUACCGUUAUUAUAUACUUACAAGUUGGCAGUCAGAGCACGAUUAAUAUGGGGAACCAGAUCUCUCAAAAGGAAACGGAAAAAUGUAAACUCCAGAAGUUACGCCACAAGUAUAUUGAACAUCUAAUACAACUGGAACCUGCGUUGAAGGAAGAUGAUUUACUAGAUGGCGUGGAGUCAGAUAGUACCCUUGACAAGAUCGACCCUGGAAGAUACGAUUUACCUUUCGAAAACCUGGCGUUUGAAGGAGGUGGAGCUAAAGGACUGGGACAUGCAGGAGCGGUGAAGUAUCUGGAAGAAAUUGGAGUUUUGCCAAAGAUCGUACGUCUAUCUGGAGCCAGUGCUGGAGCCAUACAGGCUGUACUCAUUGCUGUUGGUUGCGACUCAAGUGAGAUGGAAUCCUACAUGGGAGAGGAUUGGAACGAACUAUUACGCGACGGGGGAUUUUUUGGUGGUGUACGGAACCUGUUCAAGAGAUUUGGCUGGCACCCAGGAAAUAGAAUCUACGAAUGGUUUGGCGACAUAUUACGACUAAAGACAGGGUCUGAAGACAUCACGUUUGAACAGAUUCGGAAGAAAUAUGGCCGCGAGCUGUGCGUCGUCGUCACCAACUUGAACCUCAUGACAGCAGAAUACUGCCACCCCAAAACUACACCGGAUAUGCCAGUCAGGGUCGCAGUGCGCAUGUCAAUGUCUCUCCCAGGUCUGUUUACACCUAUACUAUAUAACCAGCACGGCUCUGAGGACACCUUCAUUGAUGGCGGUACUCUCUGUAACUACCCAGUACACUGUUUUGACGGUUGGUUCCUGUCAAUGGAUAAAUCUGACAACUUCAUCGCACGUCUACAGCCGUUGGACGACCUCCCAACAUUGUUUGAAAACAGGUUCAACCAGGCCAGCCGCUCCAACAAAACGCUCGGCUUUCUGUUAUACGCGGACAAUGAAAGAGAUUAUCUGAGGCAAAGUCUCGAGAGGAAGGUCAAGUCUGUCCAACCGGUCAAACCAAGUGUAGAAACGAAACUAUACAAGAAUUGGAUAGAGAAAAAAGAGGACAUGAAUAAAGCUAAAAGAAUCCACCAGAAGAUAACAGACGCCAUGAAUUCGUUCUUGAAGGUCAUUGACCAGUGCAAUAUGAAUCAGGACAAGGUCAUUGGCCGGAAGGAGUUGGAAAACGCCAUGAAAGGUGGGUCAUUCACGAACGACCAGGCCCAAAUUCUGUUCGGGGAAGGUGUGAGUCCAGAACAAGCGUUUCAUAUUUUGGACCAAGAUGGCACAGGGGAGAUUCAUUACAGUGAACUUUUGAGUUUUAUGGAAGACCAUGGCAUCAAUAUUCGGCAGCGAUCACUUGGCGUCAGAAGAAGCGUUGUAAACAGUUUACCGAGCUAUGUUAAUAGCAUCCAAAAUACACUUCUCCUGAACAUCAGGAAGAUGACUACUAAGCCGUGUGACAUUGACAGGACUGUUGGCAUCAACACUGGACAUGUGGACACCACAGACUUCGAGCUGGAGGAUGCGGACAAGAGGUUCGUUGUCAUGCGUGGAUACAACGCCUGCCGAGCCUUCUUGCAACGUUACAUUGCUGAUAACAAUCUGCAACCCAGAGAAGACAACGACAAAACUGCGGACAGAGAAGGGGAAAGCAUGUCUAAUUAGACCACAGUGGACCACUCAGAUGGAAGACUGUGUCCAGUGGAAAGUGAGCAGAUGAUCAUGUAAAAAUACAUAUCAUUUAUGUUGUUUUCACUGUCCUCUCUGACGACUUUACAAACUAGUGAAGAUUUGAAUAUGGCCUAUCGUUGAUUGGUAAAAUGUACCGGUCAGUAAUGAUUACUUUCCGAAGAACAAAGUGUACUCACGUGUCAAGUGAUAGUUACUUAUCUUCUGCACACAAUGCACAUAAUGAACUGCAUUAGUACAUUUACUAAGCUUCUUUUAAGUUUUACAACACUUUAAUAAAGGCUCGUUUCUUGGUCA